GACAUCCAGCUCCCCGGCGCGAGCGCCCGCCUAUGGUCCGUCCACUAACUUUGGCUCCUGAGGAAUAGUUGUGGAUCACUCUGAUCAGCUGUUUCUACGUUCUCAAAACGCAUUUGUUUUGAGACUCUCUUUUACCUUUCACUGUUUUAUGCACAAAAUACAUGCAUGCGCGCAGAUAAGGGACAAUGGUUUCAAACGCAUAUAUUUUAGGGUUUUUGUGCUUUUGCUCAAUAUGGAUAGGCUCGCAAGCUCAGUUGGAUAGACCCAGGUUCAAAGAGUGUCCUGUGGACUUGUUCUUCGUCCUGGACACCUCUGAGAGUGUUGCCCUUCGGGGGAAGCCCCCAGAGUUCUUCAUCAACCAGAUCAAAGACUUCACCAAGACCUUCAUCGAUGAGCUGAAAGACAUGCGUCAACCGUGUGACCGAUACUUGACCUGGAACUCAGGAGCACUGCACUACAGUGAUGACAUCGUGAUGGUCCAUGAACUCAGUGACUUGAACGCUGAGCGUGACACACUGAAGCAGAACAUCGACAUGAUCACCUACAUCGGGAAGGGCACCUACACUGACUGUGCCAUCAAAAGGGGCGUGGCAGAACUGCUGGGAGGAUCUGAUGCCAGGCUGUCUGUAAUAGCCACAGACCAGAACUACAGACAGAAUUUCACAGCUGCAGACAAGGACAUGUCCUCCCCGCUCAGAACCAUCCGUACCAUUGUAAACUUGAUUAUCAAUGAGACAAAAGACGUGUGUUGUUCCUUUGAUUGCGCAGCCAAAACUGGGCCAAGAGGGCCUGAUGGGGAUCCUGGAUCCAGGGGUGAGUCUGGCAGGCCAGGGAUGCCAGGAGAAAAGGGUGAUUUCGGAGAAGACGGAAGACCAGGUGACGCAGGACCUGUCGGCUACCAGGGCAUGAAGGGAGACAAAGGAAUUAGAGGUGACAAGGGAGAGAGAGGUCACAGAGGAUUCAAGGGAGACAAAGGACAGAACGGGAUUGAUGGAAUAGAUGGACGCAAGGGUGACCCUGGUUUCCCAGGCAUGGCUGGCUGUAAAGGAUCCCCUGGGCCAGAUGGAUUUCAGGGGGAACCAGGUCCAAAAGGAGACCCAGGGUCAUAUGGCACCAAAGGAGAAAAAGGAGAUCUUGGGAAAGACGGUGAACCAGGAAGACCUGGAAAUGAUGGUCCACUCGGACCAAUGGGAGACAGAGGACCACCGGGUGCAAAUGGAGACAAAGGAGAGAGGGGUGAUGAUGGUACACCAGGCCCAGAUGGACCCAGAGGGGAAAGGGGAACACUCGGGGAGAAGGGGGAGCAAGGUUCCCGUGGAAACCGAGGAACCAGAGGAGAAGCUGGUGAGCCAGGACCCAGAGGUGAACAGGGUCGGGAAGGGUCAUCAGGGCCCAAUGGAGAGCCGGGUGCGGCUGGCCGGCCGGGGGCGAUAGGAUACCGGGGGGACGAGGGAGCCACAGGACCAGAGGGAGCCAAAGGACCAAGGGGAAUAAAAGGCGCACCAGGAGACAGGGGUGUGAUUGGUGAGAGGGGGGGAGAUGGUGUUCCAGGAAAUGGAACUGAAGGAUGUCAUGGCUUCCAGGGUUAUCCAGGUCCAAGAGGAGACCCAGGAGAGCCGGGAGGAAAGGGCAGCCCUGGACCCAAGGGAGAUGACGGAGACCCAGGUGACCCUGGGCUGGAUAAUGACCAGCCCGGAAAUUUAGGUCCUAAGGGGGCCAAGGGCCACAGGGGACCAGAGGGCAGGCCGGGACUACCUGGCCCACCUGGCCCUGCCGGUGCUGAUGAAUGUGAGAUACUCGACAUUAUCAUGAGAAUGUGCUGUGAGUACUUUUGCAAAUGUGGUCCGCUGGACAUUGCAUUUAUUGUUGACAGCUCUGAGAGUAUUGGAGCAUCCAACUUCGCCCUAGCCAAGGACUUCAUCAUAACUGUGAUUGACAGACUGGUGAAGGACCAGCAAGUGAAGUUUGGGUUCAACGAGUCACGGGUAGGUGUGGUGCAGUACAGUGGAGAGAAGGCCCAGGAAGUGGUCCAGCUUGGAGACAGCAACAUAAAUACCCUCACAGAACUCAAACAAGCUGUGAAGGACUUCAAGUGGCUUGCUGAGGCCACCUACACAGGAGAAGCUCUGCAGUUUUCCCUGACCAACAUGAUCGACCGUCUCAAGAAAGAAACCAGUGUGGUGCUGGUCAUAACAGACGGUCGAUCAGACAUCACCAGAGACGAUGUGCCGCUCAACGUGCUGUGCAACAAAGGCGUCAGGGUCGGGGGCCUGGGCAUUAAAGAUUAUAGUGGUAGAGUCCCCAAUGAGGAGCAGCUUGGGGACAUUGUUUGCAAGAAUGACCCCAAACCAGGGUUCAGCUUCAUCCUGGACAACUUUGCUGAACUUCUUGAAGAGUCCUUCCUGCAAAACCUGACAACGAGCAUUUGUCAAGACAAGAAGUGCCCCAAUUACAAAUGUCCAAUUUCAUUCAGCACAAAUUCUGACAUCACCAUUAUGAUGGACAGCUCAGCUAGCGUUGGCAGCAAAAACUUUGAAAUGACCCGCAAAUUCGUCAAGCGGGUGGCCGAGCGCUUCCUGACGGCCAAGAAGGUGGGCCCCACGGCGGUCCGUGUCGCUGUGGGUCAGUACAGCAAAGAGGCCAACUUGGAGGCAGACUUCACCGACGACUAUGCCGCGCUGGCCAAGCAGAUAGACAGCAUCGCCUUCCAGAACUCCGCCACAGACGUCACCGGCGCCCUCAGCUUCGUCAUGGAGAAGUUCAAGCGCAGCGGCAACAGGAAGAAGAAGCUGCUUCUCUUCUCGGACGGCCGCUCCCAGGGCGUGACGGAGAGCCUCAUCGAGAAGAGGGUGCAGGAGGUCCAGGCCGCCGACAUCGAGCUGUACGUACUGGCCGUGGGCAGCCAGGUGAAUGAGUCCAACCUGGGUUACCUGGUCAGCCGGGGGCGCCCGUACGACGUCACAUACGCACAGCGUCACCUCUUCAGGGCUGCCGACUACCCCUCCUUGCUCAGGGGUGUCUUUCACCAAACUGUGUCCAGGAAGGUCUCUCUGGUCUGACAGGUGGGGAGCCAAUUGGCCUGAACGAGGGAGGGGUGGUCAGGGACUAGGGCAAAAAGGUCAGCGGAAAACAGGCUUAUUUCUGAUGCGUAUGUUAAUUUAGGAUCCUAGAACGUUUGUUUAAUACUCACAUUUUCUUUGAAUGACCGGAUUCGAUUGUUUUUGGAGUAAAAAAAGGACGCCUGCAAUUCAUAUUGUCUGUGGGUCAUGAAAUGAGUGAAAAAAAAAUGUGUUUAGUGCUGAAAUAAGCAAUGGUGCUACAUUACCGUCAGCCUAGUUUAAUGGUGUUUUAUUCCCAUACUGCAGCUUGUAGGACCUGUGCAGUCUUGUUUAUAGAGUGUAGUGAUUGAGCUUCUCUUGGUGUGGAAACAUGCAGUCGCUCCUAAUGUGAAUGCAGAGUCGCUGCUGUUUAGAAAGACCAUGGGAAGGAUCAGAGGUCAGAAAUCUGCCCUUUCUAUUUGCUUACUGUUCAUUGCUGGCCAGGGAUGAGACGGUUCACAGGCAUGAAGCCAAACACUAACAUCUGAACCAUAAAAGGGCAUGUCCUUAAAGUCUUUAUUAAACCUUUUUUUUCCUCUCAUCUCAGUCCACAGUGUUAGCUGACUUAAGAGUCAUAUCACUCACACCAAAUGUUUUUGCCACUAAAGAUUUCCCAUUUUCUCCCCAUUUACUGCUGUAAAUUUCACAAUGUCAAAACAGCAAAAAACUAAAAAUCCUACAUCACUUUGUGUUACAGACAUUCAACGACAUUUCUAUAUAUCAGUGCUCCUAUAAGUCUCAGGCUUUCCUGAUAUAUUUUUGAUAAAUGUAAAAUACAUUGUUUGAAACUGUCUCUCCAAAACUGGAGCUACCGGAAAAUCUGUGUAGUUUUACAUCUCAGCAAUGUAUUGGAAUCAAAUGCAGCCUUUCAGCUGCUGUAAGGGUACGUUCCAUAAAAUAAAGAAUAAAGAUUGCUUCACCAACCACAA